GGCUAUAUAAAGCCCACGGCCGGAAGCCAUUGCUCCCCAGGAGAGACACGCCACCCGCCCCCACCCCACACCACACCAUCACCACCGUCACCAAGCACGCACGCCCUCCCACCCACGACCCACGACCACGACCAGACACCCCACCACUUCCCCGGCGAGGCUGAGCGAUCUUUCCCCAAACCCAAACACAGCAAGCACGACGGAGCACCCACGCCACCCCGGCGGCGAACGCAGGUAAGAUCUCCUCCCCGACCUCCCCUCCCCCGGGGCCUCUCUUGGUUGCUAUUAGAUCAGGCAAGAAGGGGUUCCUGGAAACCAUUUUUUCUUCAUCAUCUUCUUCUUCUUCCCUCGCUUUGCUCGCAUGCAAAGUUUUUUAUCUUCUUGUUCUUGCUAGGACGAGCGGAGAUCCGGAGAACCUUUUUUCUCCUCUGGAUUCUCGGUGCGUCUUCUUCUUCUUUUUAGCCUUUCUUGCGGGCCGGCAGAGGGGCUGUUUUUACAGAGCCCCUUCAGGUUGCUCGCACAAUUGAAUUUGAUCUCGAUCUCUCCCCUCUUCUUCUUCGCUUUUAUUGAAGAAAACAGGGCUUUAUAGUUAUCCAAGAUUCUUUCGGUUUCGUUUCUACCUUUUGGUUUUAGUUCGGUUUCUGCACAAAGGGUUUCGGUUUCUUUUUUCAUCUCUUUCUUGGUUGGCAAAAAUGGCGGCCAUAGAUCUGUAUGGCGCCGCAAACCAGCUCAGCUCCUCCUCGUCGUCGUCCUCCUCGGACCAGGAGCUCAUGAGAGCGCUCGAACCUUUUAUCAGGAGCGCUUCCUCGCCCACCUCCUCCACCUCCACCUCCACCUCGCCAUUUUCAUACCACGCCGCCUCCACCUCCACCUCCACCUCGUCGCCAUUUUCGUAUUACAGCUGCUACUCUACGCAGCCUCAAGAAUCCUGCUACCUCCCUGCCUCCUCCUCUUACAGUUACACCACGCUUCAAGCUCCGUUUGCUCCCGCCACCUCGUCCUUCUCGCAGCUCCCGCCUCUGCCGCCGACCUCGCAGUACAGCACCUCGCCGCCGUCGGCCACGUACCCGUCGCCGUCGGCGGGUGACGCGGUGGGGCUGGCCAGCCUGGGCCCAGAACAGAUCCAUCAGAUCCAGGCGCAGCUCUACCUCCAGCAGCAGCAGCAGCAGCAGCAGAGGGGCCUGUCGGCGUCGUUCCUCGGCCCGCGGGCGCAGCCCAUGAAGCAGGCCGGGGCGCCGUCGGCUUCGGCCGCCGGGAAGCUGUACCGCGGCGUGCGGCAGCGCCACUGGGGCAAGUGGGUGGCGGAGAUCCGCCUCCCCAAGAACCGGACGCGGCUGUGGCUCGGCACCUUCGACACCGCCGAGGACGCGGCGCUCGCCUACGACAAGGCGGCCUUCCGCCUCCGCGGAGACGCGGCGCGCCUCAACUUCCCCAACCUCCGCCGCGGCGGCGCGCACCUCGCCGGCCCGCUCCACGCCUCCGUCAACGCCAAGCUCGACUCCAUCUGCCAGAACAUCGCCACCGCACCGUCGUCCAAGUCGGCUCCGCCGGACUCGCCCAAGGCCUCCACGUCCACGACGUCGACGGAGGGGGACUACGGGUCGGUGCUCUCCGCCGGCUCGACGCCCCUCCCUCCGCCGCCGCAGUCGUCGCAGCACCAGCACCAGCAGCCCGCGGCGCCGCUCCACGAGAUGGCCAACCUGGACUUCUCGGAGGCGCCGUGGGACGAGUCGGACGCCUUCCACCUCCACCAGGACCUCCACAAGUGCCCGUCAUGGGAGAUCGACUGGGACUCCAUCCUCUCGUGAUCGAUCGUACGCCAGAGCAAACGGAAGCUCCAUUAAUCAAUUGUUAAGCAGUGUAAUUAAUCCCGCAGCGGCCAAGGCUCGAUGGAAUAUUAGACAUCGGCCGCCGCCGCCGCGGUUAGGGUUUAAGGAGUUCGCCAUCGUCGUAAUAGUAGCAGCAGUCGUUAAGAAGGGUUUAAGCUUAAGUUUACUUAGCUACGUACGUACUUUAUUGUACUCGUCGUGUUAGUCAUCUCCUGGUUGCUUCGCCGGUUGUUUUUUCUCCGAGCAAGGCCAGUCGAGAGCGUAAUGUAACUCUUCGUUACCACAUACUGGAUUUGAAUUUUAUUGCAAGUCUCAUUGUGAUC